UUAUCAAUUUCGUUUUUUCAUUCUCGGCUCGCACGUUGAUGCGCGCGGUUCGGUACGGUGCGACUCCAAUUUUGAAUUUCGAAUAUAUCUCGAGCUCGAGCUCGUGGAAAAGCGCAUCGAAUGCAGCUAUCGGAAGCGUAGCGCAAUUUCCUAACAGUUGACAUUGAAGCGGCUUUUGUUUAAUGCUCAGCUUUUCGUUGAUGAAAUUUUAGUUGCCCAGCAGCGAGAGAUUUUUGUGCUUUUGGCGGAGUGUCGCAAGUUGCUCACAAAACAAAAACAAAACCGAAAACAAAAUAUUCAAAAGUGCAGCAAAUACAAUUAAGUAGGCGUUGUUGUUGUUGUUGUAUUAUUAUUAUUAUUGAGUGCACUGUGGCUUAGAUAAAGAUGAACAUGUGGUCGCUUAGCUUUGUCAUCGCCUAUUGCGUGCUCCUGCCAGCCGUUCAAUGCUUCGAGAUGAACAUGACGCAGUACUACGAAAUGCCGCAACUUUACGACUUUGAUGACUAUGAUCGCUGUCUGCAGGAGUAUGGUGCUGGGACCUAUUGCUUUGUGCGCGCAGAGGUGCAACCGAACAGCUCAGCAGCCGCCUGGCGUGCCAUCCAGGAGAUCUCGAAAUAUGACAGACACCACUUUGACCAUCGCCAGCUUUACUUUGGACUCUGCGUACACAAGUGUGAAGCACAGCUGGCGGAAGUGGAUGAUAUUGCCAGACAGCAGCUGCAAGCGGGAGUUCUUACGGAUAAUGCCAAGGUGAACGUCUAUCUGCAACUUUUUGCCAUGGAGGCGAGCAAUCGGGCCCGUUACAACAAUCUGACCAACGCCUGCCUCAACUGGCGCCUGCAGCAGCGUCAAUUUGGAGUUCAGGCCAGGAGUGUAGUGGAAUAUUGUGAUACGACUGCAACAGCUGGCAAAGUCACCGAGGAAGAUGAUCCUUGGAAUUUAAGCUUUUAUGUGCUGGUCUUUGUCCUUAUCCUUUUGGCCUGUCUGAGCAGCCUUAUCGAUUUGCAUCUAAAGCGCCGUCGUCAUGACAAAAUGUUGAAGGAGCGCGAUCAUUACAAGACGCCGCCUCGUAGCCUGGCCACGCGUCUGCUGCUCACUUGUUCCAUAGCCAGGAAUUGGUAUCGACUGAAUCAGGAACCGAAUGGCAAGAUCGGGCGCGAAUUGCGAUUUCUCGAUUGCUUGAAGUUCUUCGCCAUGUUCCUGGUGAUCUUUGCACACACCAAUUGGGUGAUCUAUGAAGGCGCCAUUAGCAAUCCCCAAGAUCCGGAGCGCAUGCUGCACACAGCUGCCGGCACACUCCUUGUCUCCGGCUCCCUAAUCACAGUCACGUUCUUUGUGAUUAGCGGGCUGUUGCUCACCAUCAAUUGGCUGGCGGUGACUCGCGCCUUGACGGAACACAAACCUGAAACAUGGAGUUUGGGCAAAUAUGCAGCUCUCUUUGUCAAGUUCAAUGUGUUCCGCUAUAUCCGACUAACCGUGCCCUAUGGCUUUAUUCUUUUGAUGAGUGGCGUUUAUUUUGAGAAUGCUGGCGGUCCCCUCUGGCGUCACAUUUACCAACGGGAACAGCUCGCCUGUCGCAAGAACUGGUGGACCAAUCUGCUCUUCAUCAACAAUUUUGUGGGCACCGACGAACGGUGCCUGCUACAGGGCUGGUAUUUGGCUGCGGAUACUCAAUCCUUUGCCUUGAGCCUGCUGGUGCUGAUGCUGGCACAUCGGUUUGGUCGCUGGAGCAAGCUGCUCUAUGGCGCUGUGUUCGGCAUUUUUAUGGUGCUCCCAGCUGUGCUGACCUAUGUCAUGGACUACUACCCCAUUUUCCUGCCGACUCCGCAGACACAGAAGGACUCGUUUAUUGGUGAUAAUCAGUUUACUGAAUUCUAUACAUCAUUUCAAAUGAAUUUCGGGUCCUAUUUCUGUGGCGUCCUAGCUGCCAUUGCUUACGAUCAGCUCUCCUUGAAGCAGUACAAAUUGCGUGAGCUGCGCAGCUUUCAGUUCUUCUGGUUUACUCUGUUCCCAGUUGGGGUUCUCUGGCUCUUUACGGCGCAUCCCAUUUACCAGCAUUAUUAUGCAGAAACGCCACGCAUUUGGGGCGCCAUCUACGCGACCAUACAACGAAACCUGUGGGGCUUUGGCCUGGGCAUAUUCGUGGUGGGCAUGGCCGCCAAAGUAGGAUGGAUUAUGCGCAAAUUUGCCUGCCUGCCAAUCUUCCGGAUCUUGGGACGCCUCACAUAUGGCGCUUAUAUAGUGCAUCUCUUGGUGGCACGAGUUGCUCUCGCCACGGUGCGCGAGCCCAUUUACUUUGGCACUGGCACAAUGUUUGCAUAUAUAUUUUACGUCCUAUGCGCCUCCUAUCUCAGUUCCCUUGUUUUGGCCAUAUUUGUGGAGUUGCCCGUAUCGUCAUGUCUCAAACUUUUGCGCUAGUCAAGGAUAAUAUUAAGUUGUGAUGACACCUGCU